CUACUGAUACCAAGAAACAAAAAACUACUGAUAAUCAGAAGCAAACAGACUCGGCUAGCAAGGCAGCUAAUAAAACAAAGAAAACUUCUCAUACAGCCAAAAACCCCCCAAAAAAUAAGUCCGGUGGAACGAAGGCCAAAUCCCCCCAAAAAAAUAAAUCUGAUGGAACAAAGACCAAACAACCCCCCCAAAAUAAGUCUGGUGGAACGAAGAAGGCCAAAGAACCACAAACGAAAAAAGUUCAAACGAAGGGGACGUUCCAGAAGUGGAAGACUGAAUUCGGUGUUCCCAGGAACGAUCAGGUCUAUGUGUGAAGGCACAUCAUCAAUGGUUAAGGGCGUUAGAUAUCUGACAAACUUCAUGUUUUCAGAUGAUGAGCUUUUACAUGAAACUAUAUCUGGGAAGCGAAAAAGUGGAGAACAUGCAAGGCGACUUGAUCCCAGUAAAGUUACAUCAACUGUCAAUUAUGCUAAAGUACUUUACCCAGGUCGGAAUGAGGCUGACAUCCGUGAUGUCAUUGGAAAAAGGAAGUCGUACGCAAACAAAAAUCUAGUCGUGCUCCCAACGACACGCAACAUCGACCACAACCCCUCUAUCCGAUUCAACUUCCAAGAACAUUGUUUUAGAGAUAAUGCUGCUUGUUUCGAUUAAGUAUGUAUCAUCGGUCCUGUAAGACAAACGUAAUUAUUGUUAAAAUAUUUACUGUUACGAAAGAGAACAUUGUUGCAUUAUUACAUUCACCGUUCUAUGGAAAUGGGUUGUCAUAUUGUAUACAGUAUAACAAAGUUUGUUGAAUUCAUUGCUUUAUUUUUAUGUUUUAUUGUAUUUGUGUUAAAACUUUGGUCCAAUAUUGCAGGCCUUAU